CCUACACUCAGUCAGUUAAAAGACAAGUUGGAACCAUAAUUAAGCUCCACGAAGGCACAGCGUUCAACAAUCACUGGACUGAUGCAGAUCGUAGCAGCUGCAGGGAUGAAGCGCUGGAGCCUGGGAAACGCUGGGAAUGCCACUAAAUGGGACAGAAGUUGGCCGCGCAGGGGGAGGCUGAUGAUGCUGAUGUGGAUUAUCCUUUUCAGCUCGCUGUGCCCGAUGGUCGACGGCCAGAUGAAGAUCUCACCAGAAACGGUGCAGCAGUGGGCCGUGUCCUUUGGCAAAGAGAUAGCUUCCCUGUCCGCCAGAUACUCUGGAGCUAAACUGCUACAGAAGAAAUACAAGGAUAUUGAGGGUGUGGUGAAGAUAGAGGAGGUGGACGGAGAGGAGCUGGUGAAAAAGUUUGCAGAGGAGAUGGAGGAGAUGCUUGGGAGGAAGAUGAAGUCUGUGAAGAGGUUGGCAGAAGCAGCCGAGGACGCUGAUUUUUACCACGAGUACAAUGAAACACUGGAGUUUGACUAUUAUAACUCCAUGCUGAUCAACAUGGUGGAUGAGGAUGGCAACUCGGUGCCGCUGGGAGGAGAAUUCCCUCUGGAGGAAAAUGAACACUUCAAUAAAUUGCCAGUCAACACGCAACAGAGUAACAUACAGGUCCCCACUAAUGUCUACAACAGAGAUCCAGACAUUCUUAAUGGAGUCUACAUGUCUGAGGCUCUGAAUGACGUGUUCAUCGACAACUUCCAGAAAGAUCCAACUCUCACGUGGCAGUACUUUGGCAGCUCUACAGGCUUCUUCAGGCUCUACCCGGGGAUCCAGUGGAUUCCAGAUGAAAAUGGAGUGGUCACCUUUGACUGCAGAAACAGGAAUUGGUAUAUCCAAGCAGCCACAUCUCCUAAAGACGUGGUAAUCGUGGUGGAUGUCAGUGGCAGUAUGAAGGGACUCAGACUGACCAUAGCCAAACACACCAUCAAUACAAUCCUGGACACACUUGGAGAAAAUGACUUUGUUAACAUCAUUGCUUACAGUGACUACGUUCGCUAUGUGGAGCCUUGCUUCAAGGGCACACUGGUACAAGCUGAUCUGGAUAACAGAGAGCAUUUCAAGCUUUUAGUUGAAGAGCUUCAUGUCAAAGGGGAGGGCAAAGUGAAAAAUGCAAUGAAGGAAUCUUUCAAGAUCCUCAACGAGGCUGCAGCACUGGGCCAGGGCAGUCUGUGUAACCAGGCCAUCAUGCUGAUAACAGACGGAGCCAUGGAGGACUUUCAGGAUGUUUUUGAAGAGUUCAAUUGGCCAGAGCGACGGGUUCGAGUGUUCACCUAUCUAAUUGGACGAGAGAUGACAUUUGCUGACAACGUCAAAUGGAUUGCCUGCAACAACAAGGGUUACUACACACACAUCUCCACGCUGGCUGACGUCCAGGAAAACGUUAUGGAGUACCUCCAUGUGCUCAGCCGGCCUAUGGUCAUCAACCAUGAUCACGACAUCAUAUGGACUGAGGCCUAUAUGGACAGUGUGCUGUUCAACACUCAGGCCCAAAGCCUGCUUCUGAUGACCUCAGUAGCCAUGCCUGUGUUCAGCAAGAAGACAGAGACUUUGUCUCAUGGGAUUCUGCUGGGAGUGGUGGGAACUGACGUGGCCCUAAGAGAACUGAUGAGACUAGCUCCAAGAUACAAGUUGGGUGUCCAUGGAUACGCCUACCUCAUCACUAACAAUGGCUACAUCCUGUCUCAUCCUGAACUACGACCUCUGUAUAAGGAGGGGAAGAAGCUAAAGCCAAAACCCAACUAUAACAGUGUUGAUCUGUCAGAGGUGGAAUGGGAAGAUGCUGAGGAGAAACUGAGGACAGCCAUGGUUAAAGGAGAAACUGGAACGUUAUCUCUAGACGUGAGAACUUCGGUGGAUAAAGGAAGGAGAGUGAUGUUUCUGAAGAAUGAUUACUUCUACACCAUCAUCAAUGAGACACCAUUUAGUCUGGGUAUAGUGUUAACUAGGGGAUAUGGACAGUAUAUCUUCAUAGGAAACGUCUCUGUUGAGGAAGGUCUUCACGAUUUACUGGCUCCGGAUCUGACCAUAGCGAACGAGUGGACAUACUGUGAGACAGACAUUGACCCAGCCCAUCGCAAGCUGAGCCAGCUGCAAGCAGUGGUACGGUACCUCACCGGCAUAGAACCAGAUCUGGAGUGUGAUGUGCAGUUGUUGCAACAAACUCUGUUUGACGCCGUGGUCACAGCUCCUCUGGAAGCUUACUGGACUGCCCUUAUGCUCAACACAUCUGGUAUGGACGAGGGGGUAGAAACAGCCUUCUUGGGGACCCGUUCAGGCCUGAUGAGAUUCCAGCGGUACACUGGCAUUGAGAAAAGAAUUGGCAAGUCUUUCCUGACCUCCACAGACAAGGAGAAUAUGUUCACAUUGGACCAUUUCCCAGUGUGGUACCGCAGAGCAGCCGAGUACCCAGCUGGACAGUUUCUAUACUACAUGCCGAGACAGGACACUAGAGAUGUGUUCAGGGACUAUGAGGCUGACUAUAGCACCGUCUUGAGUGCAGAGGAUGUGGAUUACCAAACAGAGGAGGGAGGGAGAAAACGGAGGAAGGCGGAGGAGGAGGAGUUGGAGGAGGAGGGGAGGAUAGUGAUCGCUACCACUGCUGUCACUGUGACGGUGGGCACGAAAACUGCCAUCGCAGGAGCCACCGGUGUCCAGAUGACUCUCGAGGUGAUCGAGUCCAGAUUCUGGGCCAUCGCGGCACAGCCGAAUGACACAGAUUGCUCUGACGUGGAGGGGAUUUGUCCUCUUCGGUGUGACCGCUUUGAUAUCGAGUGCUACGUGAUUGACAAUAAUGGCUUUGUCCUAAUUUCUAAACAGCGCAAUGAUGCGGGGAGGUUCUUUGGUGAGAUUGACGGAUCAGUGAUGACUACACUGAUCAGAAUGGGCAUGUUCAAAAGGGUUUCCAUGUUCGACUACCAGGCCAUGUGUAAGAUGAACUUGCACUCUGUCAGCAGCGCCCGGCCACUUCUCAGUCCGUUCUAUGGUUUGGCUUCAGCACUCAAGUGGUUCCUCUCCAACUUCCUACUGUUUCUCCUGGAGUUUAAUAUCUGUGGCCUCUGGCACACGGAGCAUUUUGCCAAUGCCAAGCCAUCUUUCAGCAUGUCCUCAGCUCAUAAGAAAAAAGGGGACAUCCUGCAGCCGUGUGACACAGAGUACCCCAGCUUUGUUUAUGAGCCGUCAGUCAAAGAGACCAACAGCAUUAUUAAGUGUGGACGCUGCCAGAAGAUGUUUGUGGUGCAACAGAUACCAGAGAGCAACCUUUUGAUGCUGGUGGUUCAGGCGGACUGUGACUGCUCCAGACAGUACGGCCCGAUCACCAUGGAGCCCAAGGAAGUCAAAUAUAACGCCUCAGUAAAGUGUGACAGGAUGAGGUCGCAGAAGAUUCGCAGACGCCCCGAGUCCUGCCAUGCCUACCACUCACAGGAGAAUGCCAAUGACUGCGGACGGGCUUCUUUUAUAUCUCUCUCGGCCUCUCUCUUCUUUAUCUGUCUGUCCUUCUCGGCACUUUUCUCCUGAUGAUAGACAAAUUUGCUGUUUCCUCAACUCACAUAUGAAGGACGAGAUUAGAAUAAAUCAAGAGAUGUGUUUGGACCCUGGACACCUAAAGUGGAUUUUUUUUUAAAACGUACCUAAUUCUGCACAAUUUAAUAAUGACAACCACAAGCCUAGUCUCUCCUGACGGACAUUUGAUGCGGUUUAUGAGAAUAUGUCAGUUACUUCCUGGAAAUAAUUACAUCUGAGGUAAAAGUGCAAAGAAAGCAAGUUAAUAGACUGUUGUUGCCAUGGGUACUUUCCCAUUACUUACUUUCUCACACACCACUUUGCAUCUGAAAAUGAAAAGAGGCUAAAUGUGGCUAUGACAUGCGUUGAUAAAAGGGGAUUAUGAGUCAGAAGAUGCAACAUGACGAAGUCCAGCGGGGAAAAUAUGUUCCUCAUUUCCCACAUCCCACUGAAUUGUGUGUUCCAGACAUACAUGCAUAUUAUAUAUGCGGCUGCAAGCAUGCACACCCCCACUACAAACACAUUCAAUAAUUUAUCAUCUACAAUCCUUUAUUUACAGACUUUGCUUUUUUUAAUGUUGAAUAAUAAACCACUGAGAGAAGGGCUAUAGCAAUAUUUGGGGAAAAAACAUGUUUUACAUGGUUGUUUGCAAUAUUAAAGGAUAAUGGACAAUGGAUAAGGUUAUGGCUCAGUGCCUAGAAAGUAGUCACAAUUGGGUUAUAUAGAAUUUAGGUGAACAGAAAUAUGUAAUAAAGAUGAUAAUGAGGGGGGUGUCAGACCCUUUGGGAUUUCAUUUUUGAGUUUACAUUUUGAUGACUUCCCAAAAAUGUUUGUUUCUUUAAAAAAAUGUCUGUCUGCCUUUCCGUCUUUAUCAGCUGUGUCUUUCUCUGUGUUUGUACAUACUGUUGGUAAUUUUGUUUGUCUAUUUGGCUGUACAUGUGGAAAUGUAGGGGUUUAAAAAAUGCACAUACGUGGUUUCAAUCUGCAUGUGUUUACCGCAAAGGACUAUUUGCACUUUUACCAAAAUAUAAAUGAUUCAGGAAUUAAAACAAAGACUUUAAUUUUAAUGCUAUUUUAAUGUAUUUGCUGGGGAAUGCUUCAUGUAUCUGCUACUUAUUGCUGCCAUAAAUAACAUUAUAAUUUUAAAACUUCAUGAUAAAAGCAAAAGAAAAAGUAGCACUCACUCUGAGAAACAACAUUGUCACAUGGAAGAAACUUGGUCAUGCUUAAUUUUUGAAAAUAUGUUGAUACGUAUGUAAUUGCAGUGUAAAUUAAUAUUGUAAAUCUAAUCGCAUAGAAUAUUUUUGUAUACAUCUGCUUCUGUGUUUCAAAUUUUGGACUGUUUUGCUCAACACUUCAUUGUAUUUUGGGCUGUGAGUGUACCUGUAGCUUUUUCUAUCACAUUUUUCAUCAUCUUACAAAGCAUGUCUUUGAGUUGAAGUAAUUCUGAUGACAAAAUUGCCUGGAUCUUGCCUGUUUAAUAGACUCAGAUACAUAUUGUGUGUGUGGGUGUGCAUCAUUACAGUGUGCUCUCUGUUGCUGGGAUAAUGAGAGUAAUUUGAAUCGUUUGUGUCAUUUUUGUUUGUAAUUUCCACUACACAGUAACCCUUUAUAUUGU